AUGCAAGAAGAAGAAGAAGAAGAAGAUAUCGAUGAGGGUGGUGAUCCGAUUAUAAGAGAGAUGUUUCAAGGUGUCACAUGUGAGAGGUAUAUGGAAGAAAUCCAUAUGUACCAUAGGUACUACUACACUUGCACCAUAUGUGAUGAUUUCUCACUUCACAAAUUAUCUGGUGAGCUCCCCUCAAGGUUAGAGCACCCAUCACACCCAUCACAUACUCUUUACCAAACAUAUCAUUCAUAUCAUCGGAUAUGCAGUAAUUGUAAGAGAGAUCAAAAGCUUGGAGAAUUGUUUUACCAAUGUGGUAAAUGUGAUUUCUCCAUUGAUCUCAAAUGUGCUGUGGAAGUAGGAAAAAUGUGA